AUGGCAUCCGAGCAUCAACACCCACACCCCCAUGGGGACGAGUGGGAAGGAGAUUUUGACCCUUUCGCUGAUCCCGAAGAGCGAAGGGUGUUGUUUGCCGCAGUUGACUCAUUCAGGCAGUAUCGACGAAAUGCUCACAUGAACACAACUCAUCGCCGCCGACAGGCCUUCUAUGCCCUGCCGUCAGCCCAUUGGCAGAUGCUGUCGGAGCCACCAUUCUCCAUAUUGGACAAUUUCAACAAGGUGGAUGAUGCUAUUGAUACCAACGCCGAGAUCGCUGAUGCAAUUCUCGACAUUGGCUUGGAGUCCUUCAAUCUCUCUCCUUCUCCGGACAAAAAUGACCCUACUCAAAACUGGCAUGAGGUGGCCACAUCAUCAGAUGUGAACAAAGCCCACUCUACGAUACGUCAAUUCUAUCGCGAUUGGAGUCUGGAAGGGCGAGCCGAAAGAGAAGUCUGCUAUGAUCCCGUCCUUCAGGACCUCCGCAAUGAAUUCCAAGCCCGACGCGACAGCGGGGAAGAGAUCCGUGUUCUGGUCCCAGGCGCUGGUCUUGGCCGGCUUGUCUUUGAGAUUUGCAUGGCUGGCUACGACGCGGAAGGGAAUGAGAUCUCGUAUCACCAGCUGCUGGCCAGCAACUGGAUUCUUAACCACACGGCCGGACCCUCGAAACAUGCCCUUCAUCCUUUUGCACUGCACUUCUCCAAUCUGCAAUCUCGCGCCCAACAGCUGCAGCAAGUCCAGAUCCCUGAUGUCCACCCCGGACUUGCAAUGCAAGCGGCGGUUGAAGCUGGUCAGCGACUGGGUACCAUGUCGAUGUCUGCGGCUGAUUUCACGGUGCUGUACACCCAACCGAACAACAAGGAGACCUUCGACGCGGUGACUACGGUCUUCUUCAUCGAUACUGCGCCGAACCUGAUACGCUACAUCGAGGCGAUUCGACACAGCCUCAAACCCAACGGGCUAUGGAUUAACGUCGGGCCCCUUCUGUGGCACUUCGAUGACGGGCACUCCCGCAAGCCAGGGGACGCCAGCCACGAGGCCGGAAUCGGAGAACCUGGAAAUGUGGAGUUGAGCGAAGAAGAGGUACUGAGCCUGGUGGGGCGCAUGGGCUUCCGCCUCGAGAAGCGUGGAGAUCGGCGACCUUGCGGCUAUAUUCAGGACCCUAACAGUAUGCUUCAAAACCUAUAUCAGCCAUCGCACUGGGUGGCGCGAAAAGUGACCGGGGCCUGA